AUGUCAAAGUUAUCGCCGGUGUCGUUGAAUCGGAGGCAGCCCUUGUUGGAAGAACGUCCGGAGACGACGACGACGCUAGUUAGAAGAGAUAAGCGUCGGGUGGUAGGGGAGGUAAUCGGCGGGACUGCGGCUAAUUGCGCGGCGAUCUGGUGUUGUUGCCCUUGCAUCACUGUCAAUCUUCUGCUACUCGCCGUCUAUAAGGUCCCCUCAGCGAUUGUACGUAAAGCGUGGAGGAAACAACAACGCCGGCGAAUGCUUGGUAGUAAUAAUAAUUCUCUCCUCCUCCUGCAGCAGCAACAGCAACAAAACCAACAACAUAAUAUCCGUGGGGGGCGAUCGAGUAUGGAGAUCUUGGAAUCCAGCAUCAAGAAUCAAACAACCGGAGAAGAUGAAUCAAUUGAGGAGGAAUUAGAUGAAUUUGAUAGAGAAAUGUGGGGACAAUUCUACGGCACCGGCUUUUGGAGAAGUCCUUCACAGAGGGAGAUUUAG